UUCUUGGAAGACACUUCGCGUGCUUAUUCUUGCGAACAACUAUUUGACUUUUAGAAGGCAUCUGAAGUUUUUUCAGGGAGUUUUUUUUAAUGCUUGAAGUUUCAUUGUGUUUUUAAUAUUUGGUUGGGAGCAGGCCAGUCAGAUGGGCGGCAUAUGAAUGAUAAAAUUAGUAUUAUUUUAUUUUCCAAAAAAGAAACCUCGUUGCUGCUGUUGCUCUUUGCACUAUCUUCUCGGGAACACGAAUACAACGCUGGAAGAGAAGCUCCUUUUCCCUUUGGGACGGUUGCUAUCCCGUUCAGGCUUCAUUCAGGUGCAGCUUUACUUCCGACUUAAACUGUAAACAUGAAGAAGUUAAAACUUAAAGAACUAGAGAGCAAUCUUCAACAAGUUGAUGAUUUUGAGAAUCCAAAACUUCUGCUUGAGCAAUAUCCAACAAGACCACAUAUUGCAGCAUGUAUGCUUUAUACAAUUCACAAUACUUUUGGUGAUAUUGAAAACAAGACUGUUGCAGAUCUUGGGUGCGGUUGUGGUGUGUUGAGCGUUGGAAGUGCCAUGUUGGGAGCAGGGUUAUGUAUAGGAUUUGACAUAGAUGCUGAUGCCUUGGAAGUAUUUAGCAAGAACGCUGAAGAAUUUGAGCUGACAAAUAUUGAUUUGGUCCAGUGCAAUGUGUGUUCUUUGUCUGACAGAAUGCCAAAAACCUUUGAUACAGUCAUUAUGAAUCCUCCCUUUGGAACGAAGCACAAUAAAGGCAUGGAUAUGGCUUUUCUCAAGACAGCAUUGCAGUUGGCAAGAACAGCCGUAUAUUCCUUGCACAAGACUUCGACCCGACAGCAUAUCCAGAAGAAAGCAGAUGAAUGGAACGUGAAAAUGGAAGUUUUAGCAGAACUGAGAUAUGACCUACCAGCCUCGUUCAAGUUUCACAAGAAGAAAUCGGUGGACAUCGAAGUCGAUUUUAUUAGAUUCUCUUGCAGAAAACAGGAUGAACGGAGGAAUGAUUGAAAACAAAUCAUUUGUUUCUUUAAAGCAAAACCCUCAAUGCUUUUUUUGGAGUACUAUUCUGCAUCUCCAGCUCCAUUUUCUGUCUUCAGCUGUUUGCGGGCAGGCUCUUCCUUCUCAGCCUCUUCCAGUGGUCUUUUCUUUGGACUCGCCGCCCCUAAAAACAUCUAAGAGUUAACUCCGUAUUUGAUCUAAAGAACAGCCAGAUCCGUACCUCUGCCAAUAAAGCAAGUAUUACUGAAACUUUUUGUGCAACCGUCCUUGGUGCCUCUCUCAGAACAACACCAAACGCUUACGCUACGUAUUUGGAUGGAACAAUACGGAGGAAUGCUUGUGACCCUCAGACAGCCAUUCUGCCCUUUGACCUGAAGCUGUUCAAGGCGAAACAGAUUCAGCUGUAAAGUGACUAUUUUGAAGUAACAGAGGCCUCCGAGCCUAUUUUGACUGAUCAGCCAUUUUCCCCCAGCUGCAAAAGCCUGAACAAGCUGGAUGGUAAACACAGCCCAGUGUGCUGGGAAUGUAUUUUGGCGUUGAGCUAUGAGUUGCCAACCAAUCUUACUGGCCUUCUGGCUUUUUCGUGGAGAUUAAUACUGCCUUUUUAUUACUUGCCCUGCCGAGGCUCCUUGAAAGAUCAGGUUGGCUGGAGCCUCUGUUGCACAUCACUAUUUUUGCCUGUUCUGGGUAAACCGUUCUGCAAAGACAUUCAACCUAAAGUAUGUGAGACUUGAGUUGCUGAGGCUUAUUCCCUACCUAGCCCUUUUAUUCUGCAGUGGGAAACUGCAUUUGGAACCAGGAAAAACCCCAGCCAGUAUUAAAAGUAUGUGAUACUAAACCCAAUGCAUGCAUUCAGAAUCUUGUUCUAAUAAAGGAAAGCGCUCACCUGUC